ACUAAAACUUUGUUAAGAUCGCGCAGCGCAAUAAACAACUUGAGAAUUUCGCCAUAGCUUAAAAUUUGAGCUACAGCUACCAAGUACCUAGCUAGUGCAUCGAGGGGAAGCGUGCUUCAACGUACACACAUAUAUAAGGCGAUUAUAGAUACGUAUACAACAUGUCGCUUACAUUGUGGAAUUCGAGAUUUUCAGUAACGCUGGUGCGCCAGCAGGCGACGAUUUUUAUGUCGAGUGCGACAAAAACAAUCGCUGCAAAUAGUUUACACUACACGUUCAAUAACAAUUCCCAACCACAACACCAAAUACAAAACCAACAACAACGAAGAUACCUAACAACAGUAAUGAAGCCAGUCAACACAGCCUUGCCUGACAAGGGGACUAGACGCACUUCGCAAUCGGGUAACCGCAAUCCUGGUAAAACAUUGACACAGGGCCGCAACUCCCUCGAUAGCUCGACCAGUGAUUCCGGCAUAAAUGUGCCGCCCUUUAAUCACCCCCACUGCGAUAGGCAGGCCAUGUACCAGCAGCCCGUGCGAAAGGUUAAGCCACUACGAGGUAACUACGAUUAUGAUCUGGUUGUCAUUGGCGGCGGUUCUGGUGGCCUGUCCUGCGCCAAGGAGGCCGUGGCGCAUGGAGCACGUGUUGCCUGCUUGGAUUUCGUGAAGCCAACACCAAUUGGCACCAAAUGGGGCGUCGGCGGCACCUGCGUCAAUGUCGGCUGCAUACCAAAGAAGCUCAUGCAUCAGGCCUCCCUGCUGGGCGAAGCCGUGCACGAGGCAGCCGCCUACGGCUGGAAUGUCGAUGAUAAAAUCAAGCCCGAUUGGAACAAGCUCGUCUCCUCCGUGCAGAAUCACAUCAAGUCCGUCAACUGGGUGACACGCGUCGAUCUGCGCGACAAAAAAGUCGAGUACAUCAAUGGCCUGGGCUCAUUCGUGGAUCCGCACACGCUGUCCGCCAAGCUGAAGAGCGGCGACCGCACGAUUACCGCUCAAACCUUUGUGAUUGCCGUCGGCGGUCGUCCACGUUAUCCGAAUAUACCCGGCGCCGUGGAGUAUGGUAUCACCAGCGACGAUCUUUUCAGUCUGGAGCGUGAGCCCGGCAAGACCCUCGUCGUCGGCGCUGGCUACAUUGGCUUGGAGUGCGCCGGCUUCCUGAAGGGUCUCGGCUACGAGCCCACUGUGAUGGUGCGUUCGAUUGUGCUGCGCGGCUUUGAUCAGCAAAUGGCCAAUUUGGUGGCCGCCUCCAUGGAGGAGCGUGGCAUUCCGUUCUUGCGCAAAACUGUACCGCUGUCCGUCGAGAAGCAAUCGGACGGCCGACUGCUGGUCAAGUACGAGAACACGGAGACCGGCGAGGUCGAAAGCGAUGUAUUCGAUACGGUCCUCUGGGCCAUCGGGCGCAAGGGUCUGGUCGAAGAUCUGAAUCUGCACAAUGCCGGUGUGCUCGCGCACAAGGACAAGAUUCAGGUGGACUGCGAGGAGACAACCAAUGUCCCGCAUAUUUAUGCUGUCGGUGAUAUUAUCUAUGGCAAGCCCGAGCUAACGCCCGUCGCUGUCCUAGCCGGCCGUCUGCUGGCUCGUCGCCUCUACGCCGACUCGGAUCUGCGCAUGGAUUACGCCGAUGUGGCCACCACAGUGUUCACACCGCUGGAGUAUGCCUGCGUCGGCCUGAGCGAAGAGGAUGCCGUCAAAGCGUACGGUGCCGAAGAGAUUGAGGUAUUCCACGGCUAUUACAAGCCCACGGAGUUCUUCAUACCACAGAAGAGCGUGCGCUAUUGCUAUGUGAAGGCUGUUGCCCAGCGCAGCGGCGAUCAGCGCGUCUAUGGCCUGCACUAUUUGGGACCGGUCGCCGGUGAGGUAAUACAGGGCUUUGCCGCUGCCCUCAAGUCGGGCCUGACCAUACCCACGCUGAUGAACACCGUGGGCAUUCAUCCGACCACCGCCGAGGAGUUUACACGUCUCAGCAUCACCAAGCGUUCCGGCCUCGAUCCAACGCCCGCCAGCUGCUGCAGCUAAAUGGAGUGCUCCAUCACAAUGUAUUUGCCCCCCAAUUCACACACACACACACACACACGCUAACAUCUGGUUGGGCCAACGAAUUUGAGAGUUGUUGCCGCUUCAAAGCGAUAAAAGUUCAAGUUUUAAUUUAGUUUCGAUAGUAGCACACACACACACACCAACACACACACAAUAGCUCAGCCGACCCACAGACGGGCAGA